AUGGUCGCGACUAUUUCGCCGCACCGGGACUCCGGUGGCACCCUUCAUCUCUCAUCGCACUCAGGCAUCCAUCACGUCGAUGCCAGCUCUGCUAUCCGCCAACUGAGGCGCUCACUUUCGCGCUCUCCAUCGAAGAGCUCUAACUUCUUUUUCAACCCGCGUACUCAGUCCCCCUCCAAAUCCACCUACAUCUCUUCUCCCUUGUCACCUUCAAGACGCGCGUCACAGAACAACUUCGUUCUUUUCCCUCAUCAGUCACCGCUCGCUGUGCCUUAUCCGCCCAGCGCAAAAAUAAGUAGGCCGGCCAUGCGUCGACGCACGUCACCCCGCAGUCCAGCCAAACGCGUCCUGAGCGUUUCGACGGACGGUGGCAACGCGACUCCAACCCAACCUGUCUCGUUCCCCCCAGGCGAGGAGAAUGAUUUGACCCUCGAUGACCUUGUCCCGUCGGGUCAGAGUACCACUCCAGACAGCCCUUGUUUUAUCAACACUUCUGCGCCUCUGACUGAAUCGACUUUUUCCCCGCGACCGACCUUGUCGCGUAUCGAAAAGCGACGAAGUGGCACUUUUGGCACAAUUGCAACUGGCAGUCCCCUGAAGCGCAGUGACGGAAUUAUGAACUUGGAUCAAGCAUCGCGAGGUAGCCCUGCUGCAAAGCGACGCAGCGUGCAUAUGCCCAAUAUGUCAACCGAAUUCAGCAUUUUUGAUAACGAAGUCGAGAAUACGACUCCGGAGGGGUCUCCAUCUGCAAACGUGAUUCCCUCUUUCCCCACGCCAGUUCAACCCUAUAGUCCAUUUGCGACGAUACCCAAGCGUUCGUCUUCUCUGCGACGCUCGACUCUUCAGCAGCGUGGAGAGCGGCCUCUAUUUGGGCGACCCAAGGCGAUGGAGGAUUCAGCAGAGGCAUCGCCGCCUGGUACACCAUUAUCUGUCAGGCCGCGAAAGUCAUUUGAUAGCAGCCUAUUCCAGCCAGGCAGCGAGAACAUAUUCUCUCCUAGACCUCCAGCCAGCCCUCUCUUUUCUUCAAACACACCUGCUGACCUUCCGGCCAACCCCACCAUCUACACUACUCAACCUCCCCGACCCGCUGCUCAUCCUCUCUCUCGCACCAUCACUCAAUCCUCUUCAGGAUCCAGCCUCGAUGAUUCUCCGACUCAUGAACCGGUUCAUAAGCCGGAAGUCCGACGACCAAUGUUUAAUUUCUCCAAAUCUCUCCCUGCCGGGGCUACUCGUCCGGCUCCGGUGCGCAAGAUCACUCAAGAGAACUCAUCGGAAACAUUCGCUACCCCAGACAACUACAAGCUAGUGAAGCCCCUCCCGGCGGCAUUCAUGUCCACCGGUCUCAUUUCCAAGAAGAAUCGCAAUGCGGAGGAAAAUCUUGGUUUCAGCAAGAACAUGCCCGACACACCGUGCAAGCGACCUGUGAAUAUUUUCACCGCUGGGCCAAAUCCCGCGGAUCGACUGUUCGAUAAGUCUCGUCUCUCUCAGCAAUCAGAUGCCGGUUUCGCCUCGCCAUUCAACGCUCCUCCCACCAGCUCGCGUCCCAAGCCAAGUCCCUUCGCUCGAGGCAUGGGGAUCUUUGGCGGCAGUUUCAAUCGCCCUGAAGCCUCGCGCCGUGGAAGUUUCGCCAGCAUCGAUGGCGACGAACUCAUCCUCGCCCAAUCGCCCUCGUCCCGACAUGACAGCCAGCCUCUGAAUGACGAUUUCCCUCCUACCCCCACUAAACAACCUUUCCUCCCGUCCCGCACCUUCCCUCCCUCUACCUCUCAUCUGUCCAUGGAACGACUGUCUGAGACGGCGAGCCCGUUACACGACAAGUUUUUGCAGGCAUCCCCUCAUACCCCCCGCGAUAAAUACUUCCCUCCUGACCCAAGUGGUCUAUCGAUCUCUGUACCGAAUGACCGCCAUUCAGUGCAGGAACACGAACUUCCCGCAACUCCAACCGGCCCGCGUGACUCUUGGGCAUCGUUCAGACGCCCCAGUCUUCAAAUCAGUGGCUAUCAUGCUCCAGACGUGGACCCAACUUUGACCUCCCGCUUUGACAAUGUCGAGCUGAUUGGGACUGGCGAGUUCUCUGAAGUCUACCGUGUUGCAAAUCCUCAUGACGCCUCCUUCCCAUCUGUGUUCUCUCUCCCAUCCAGCGAACCCAAAUCGCCGUCCUCACUACCACACCAGGUGUGGGCUAUCAAGAAGAGCAAACAGCCUUAUAUGGGAUUGAAGGAUCGUGAGCGCCGAAUUCGCGAGGUUGAUAUCCUCAAAGCUUUGACAAACUGUGACCAUGUUGUCUCAUUCAUGGAUAGCUGGGAGAGCAAUGGGCAUUUGUACAUUCAGACAGAGUUCUGCGAAGAGGGUAGCUUGGAUGGCUUCCUGACCCAAGCCGGCCUGAAGGCCCGCCUUGAUGAUUUCCGCAUUUGGAAGAUUCUCCUCGAGAUGUCUUUGGGGCUGAAACAGAUCCACGAUGAAGGGUUCAUUCAUCUUGACCUGAAGCCUGCCAACAUCCUGGUUACCUUUGACGGGACCUUGAAGAUUGGUGAUUUUGGCAUGGCAACCCGCUGGCCUGCAGAGGAUGGCAUUGAGGGUGAAGGUGAUCGCGAGUACAUUGGACCCGAGAUCCUUAUGGGCCAGUUCGACAAACCUGCUGAUAUCUUCUCACUCGGACUCAUCAUUUUUGAGAUCGCCGGAAACGUGGAACUUCCCGACAACGGAGCGUCUUGGCAAAAACUCCGCAAUGGCGAUAUGAGCGACGUGCCCAGCCUUACCUGGAGCUCGGAGAGCAGCAUCUUCCGCGAUGCAUCUGGAAAUCCUAUCUCCGAAGAGACGUCUUUUGAGGAGCUUUGUACCUCCGACCUUGGUGGCAACGUACUCAAUGGUGACUUCUUGACAAGUCGUCAAGUGAAUAACCCCAAACCACAGCGACUCGCAAGGAGCGGCGAACUGAUUGAUCCGCCUGAUUUUAUGGUCAAUGCCAAUCACCCCCACGCGUUGGAUGGCAUUGUUCGAUGGAUGAUCUCACCCGAACCCCAGAACCGACCCACGGCCGACCAGGUCUUGGAGACUUAUGGGGUCCAAUUCAUCAACCAGCGACGUCGCGCAGGCGCCACCGUCUUUGAGGGUAACUGGGGCCCCGCUGACGAGAUUUUGGCCGAAGACGCCGAGAUGAUCGACGUGUAA